CGCCGUAUCCCUCAGUUCCUCUUCCACCGCUGCAGACUCGAAUACUCCUUCCAACCCCUACAAAAAAGACAGACUAAAAAGAAAAGAAAAGAAAAGAAAACACCAAUCAAAAUGUCCGCGAUCAAGGAACCCGGCGUCUUCGGCCCCGUCAUCGCCCUCAAUCUCUGGACCUUCGUCAUGGAAGGCUGGAUGUACGCCAAACGCAUCCCAGCCAUCGCCAAAUACAAAAUCGCCAUGGACCCGAACGCGCCCAAGGAGCAAUUCUCCGCCAAAUUUCCGCCCUCCGUCCGCUGGGUCGCGGACAACUACAACCACCUCAUGGAGCAGCCGACGCAGUUCUACGCCGUCACCCUGGCGAUUGCGUUCAUGCAUGAGCGCAAGGGGAGCAAGAUGGACGUCGCCCUGGCGUGGUCUUAUGUCGGGCUACGGGUUAUUCAUAGUUUGGUGCAGGUGUCGAAGAACAAUAUCACAACGCGGUUCCUGGUCUUUCUUUCGUCGUCGUUUGUGCUGCUGGGGCUGACUGCCAAUGCGGCGAAGCUGGUGUUUUAA